CGUCCCUCCUGUCCAUCCCUGUGUGUGUAUAUGUGAGGGAGAGGGGGGGAGGUGGAGGAGAGCAGCAGCAUCAGGAGGAGGAGGUGGAGGAGGGGUGGCGAUAGGAGAGAGGAGCAGACAUGGCUUCUAAAGAGAACACUGCCUCUGGUUUCAUCAGUGUGAGCAAAGAUAUCACAGAAAGCAUCAGGAAGAUUAUCGAUAAAUCAUCUAUCAAGUUUGUUUGUGGCAUUAAGCUCGACACCAAAAACGGCAAAACGGAGGACAGGAUACUGGUCCUCGCGACAUGGCGUCUUUAUUUCCUGGCUCCAAAGGUUCCCGCUAAGGUAGAAUCUACAUUCAACUUCCUGGAGAUUCGAGCUCUGAAUUCACACCCUGAUCACCAGGUCAUUAUCGACACUGACAAGUCCAGCUUCUGCCUGAGAUUUGAAUCACGGGAACAUGUCAAUCAUGUGGUCAGCCAUAUUAAUUUCGCUCUCUCUCGAAUAUUCAACAACUCCAUUUUUGCCCCGUCCAUCUGUCAUUCUGACAGUGACCUUUCUGAAGGCAGCAGGAAGUAUUCGCCCAGCUCCGAGACUUCAGUGGAAACCCAGAGGGCCUGUGGAGGCUUCUCGGAGACCUAUGCCGCUCUGUGCGACUAUAAUGGCAUCAGCUGCAAGGAGGAAGUGCAGUGGGACGUGGACACCAUCUAUCACUCCCAGGACAACCGAGAGUUUAACCUGCUGGACUUCAGCCACCUGGAGAGCAGGGAUUUAGCAGUUAUCGUCGCAUCAAUGGCGUACAACACCUGGUUUACUAAACUGUACUGCAAAGACCUGCGCAUAGGGUCAGAGGUCACAGAGCAGGUCCUGCAUACAGUCAGCAAAUCCUCCAGCCUGGAGGAGAUCACUCUGGAGAACGCAGGGCUCAAAUCAGAUUUCCCACAGAAGAUGUCAGCUGCUCUUUCAGAGAACCCUGCCUCUGUCAUUCACUCGCUCAACUUGGCGCACAACUCGCUGGACAACCAAGGUGUGUCCAACUUAAUACAGCAGGUGUGUCGCCUCAGCAAGGGACUCCGUCUGCUCAACCUCUCCAAGACCUCACUCACCUCCAAAGGAGUGGUGUCUCUCUCUCAGGCUCUGUGCUCCAGCGACGAGUACUCCAACUCUCUCCUGCACCUGGACCUGAGCAAGAACCCCGGAGUCCUCUCUGGGGAGGAUGCCUCGAACUUGUAUCUCUUCUUGUCACAGCCCAACUGCCUGGUCCAUUUAGAUCUGUCAGGCACAGAUUGCUCCGUAGACUCACUAUUUGGGGCUCUUCUGAGGGGGUGUUGCGCUGAUCUCUCCUUUCUGAAUCUUUCCAAAAAUUCCUUCUCCCACAGAAAAGUGAAGGACACGCUGCCGUUGUUUCGUCAGUUCUUCAGCUCGGCCUUCAGCCUCACUCAUGUCAGCCUGGCCUCUAUGAAGCUGCCCCCUGAUGUUCUGAGGGCUCUCCUCACAGGGUUAACCUCCAACCCUCAUAUCAAUGACCUUCAUCUGGACAUCAGUGGCUGUGAGCUGAGGACUGCAGGAGCUGCUGUAAUCCAGGAACUCUUCCCCCGGGUCUCCUCCAUUGCCACUCUGGAUAUUUCAGACAAUGGUCUAGAUGCAGACUUGCUCACAGUGCUCCCGGCCCUUUCCAGACACUCUUCCCUCAAAAACCUUCUUCUGGGCAAGAACUUCAACAUCAAACACAGGGUUCUGGAUGAGGUCCUGCAGAAGCUGGUUCAACUCAUACAGGAUGAGGAAUGUGCCCUGCAGUCUCUGUCCCUGUCCGACUCGCGCCUGCGCUCUCGGGGCACCAUGCUUGUCAACGCCCUGGGCAGCAACACCUGCCUUAGAAAAGUGGACCUGAGCGGGAACAAUAUGGACGACAUCGGAGCCAAGAUGCUGAGCAAAGCGCUGCAGAUCAACACCACGCUCAGGAGUGUGACUUGGGAUCGCAACAACACCUCCGCGACAGGAUUUCUCGAUGUGGCCCGAGCACUUGAACAUAAUUUCACGUUGCAAUACAUGCCUCUCCCACUAAGUGACAUCAGCCAGGCGUACCGCAGCGCCCCCGAGAGGACAGAGCAGGCACUGACGAAGAUCCAGCGCGCUCUGGUGAGGAACAACCAGACCCAGCGUUUCUCCCAGCGACAGGCCCUGCGGCUGCACCAAGGCCUGGUUACGAGCACUGCCGAACAGGUGAUGGAGCGCCUCUGUGUGCGUGUGCAGCAGCAGGUGUGUGUGUUACGAGGUGCCGGGGAGGUGGAGGAGAUUCAAGCUGCUAAACAAGUGCUAAAGGAGGCCAGGAAUUCCCGCGCCCUCUACCCUUCACUGUGUGAGCUGGCUCAUGUGCUGUCCGUGGACGGGCCGGUGCGGCAGCGGCUGGACUCUCUGGCUGGUGAACUUGCCAAAGCUGCAGAUAAGGAGCUUCAGGUGAUCGUCGACUCUAUGGUGUCUCUCUGUCGCGAGCUCUGUCCUUUAUCUUCUUCUGCGGCGGAGAGAUUGAGUCCUCCUCUCUCGUCCGUAUCCGAGCGCGUGUCCAUCCCUCGCUCUGCCAUUCGGACGGCGCUUAUGGAAAGAGCAGCGCAAGACAUUCACCGCGCUUUAGAAGAAGUGAAGCUGUCAGUCGUUUCCUAUCUCACCAAUUCCAUUGUGGACCAAAUCUUGCAGGAGCUCUACACCACCCAUAAAACCCUGACACGGCAGGUGUCUCACCUUAAACGGUGGGAUGGCAUGUGUGAAGACGGGACAGGUUGGAGGUUUAACAGACACAGAGACUCUCUGGACAUCACAGAUGAGGAGCUUGGUACCAGCAUAGACACAAUAGCCAUUAAGAAGCACAGCUCAAGAACAAGACGAAUACGACCUGUCUCCACUAGACUGAGUCUGUGUGACGACUCGAGCUCCUCUCCACCCCCUUCUGUGCCAUCAUACUCAUCGCCACUGUCCCGCUCGGCAUCAUGGGAGGGCCUGUCAGAGCUACCUACACAGGGCUUGCCUCUACUUCAUGUGACACGGGUUCGGCCAAGACCUCCACGGAGGCAUAAAGGAGGACACGUCCCCGCUGAGACACACUGCAGUGAAAAUGGAGGAAUCAGCCCUCUUGAUGAUGGACUGCCUGACUUCUACACUAAAAGAGUGCUCCCUGAUAGUCAGCUCUCGUCUCUGCACAAAGCUCACUCUCUGCGGAGGAAGAAGAGGAGAAACAUGCUCGCCAUCUUCAGUUUCCGCAAGAACCGCAACCAAUCUCUGUCCACUCAGGGGCCUCAGGAGUCUGAAGCAGAGAGCUAUGGAGAUGGGUGUCACACUGUUUCUACAGCACCCACUGGAACGGCAACAGAGAACGUGUACACACUCCUCCAGCCUCCGAGGUCCGCUGCCAGAGCUGGAUCUCCUGGCGAAGGGGCUGAUGGGAAAACGAUUGAUCACCAAGGGAAAAACACCCUCGUCCUGAGUCCACCCCCAGUGCCGGGCAUCCCUCACCCAGGCGUGGGAGGAAGCAAACACCCCUUCUAUUCUCCUAGAGAGAAAGCUGAAGGAGAUGCUGUGUUUGAUCUGCCUUUGGAGAUGGACAAGUUCUGGAUGGACGACAAGCAGAGAACAACGGAGGUGGUGCAAGCAGACAAGCAGUUUUUGGAAGCGAGACAGAGCGAUCAGCAUGCAGAGAGACAGCGGGCUGACGACAGGCUGCAAGAUAGAACUUUUGGAGAGGCGAGAGCGACCGACAGACAAACGGACAGGUACAGGACUGAGAGCAGACAUCCAGACAGACACGUGGACAGACAGUGGACAGUUGACAGACACACCCAGCGGCAGAUUGACAGAAAGAUAGAGAGACAGUGGAUGGGCGGGAGGCAACUAGACAGGUCGUGGUCAGAGAACAGGCCGAUGGACAUACAGUUGGACAAUCAGUGGACUGAGAGCAGACAGCAGAGCAGGAGGACAGACAGACAAGUGCAAGCACUUCAUUUGGCUCAAAGGCCACUGCCGCCAUACCCAUCGGACAGGACGCCAUCACCGAAACAGGAAACAGAUCCUCUGAAAACGACAGAGGCAACAGAGUGGCAUCAGCAGGACACCCAUGGAGAAAGACUCAUGUGUCCUGAUGCUGGUGGAGGGUUUACAGAAGGAUGGAGAGGAGCAGGAGGAGGUCGAGCUGCUCCUGCUGCAUCUAAACCUGAUCCCCCACCACAAAGCAGUAAACCCAGCAUGUCUAAGCUGAGGCAGAGACAUCGGCUGGAGAGCUCAGACACUCUCCCAGCUCUACCAGGUACAGAGGAGGAAGGAGAUGCAGAGAGGGAUCCUGGAAAGAUGGAAAGGAAAGAAAUAGAAAAAAGAAGAGAUUCGGAGAGUCAUCCUCCUCCGAUUCCAGAGAAGCCCUCGUAUGUGACUUUUCCCAAAGAUUUAGCCAAUGAGAGAAACUUACCUCCUCCUCCUGUGCCGCCUCCUGUUAUUAAGCCAGUACAUGGACUCCCUGACAGAGCGGCAAGUCAAGGUGAAGAAGGGCUGCGUCCUCAGGCACCAGUGAAACCACAGAGGAACAGAAAGGCCAUGUCCUGUGAUGCAGGCACUGACAGGGAAAGCCCUAAUAAUGUUGAGAAGCCCCCAAAUCGCAAACCCCCUGUGAAAAAACCUAGACUCCCUCAAAACAGAAAUAAGUCACUGGACUUGUCUGACUUCACAGACAGCCUCAACUCUGCACCUGGUCACAGCGAGCUGUUGUGAUGCACGAGCAAUUCACCUGCCGCUGUCCAGCCGAAAGCGUUGUCAUGACAACCGUGGAGCAUCUCACCCAGGAGGAAACACAGAGGAGCGUGUGAGCUGGGGGUAGAGCCAGAGAGAAGACGUCUUAACGGCUCGACACGACAGAAAUCAUAAAGCAUCAGUCACUGGCUUCUGUUGAAACACUCACUUUUUCCUUCAUGUCAGUUCCAGCUUCAAGCUGACCGUGUUUCUGUCUUUGCCUUCCUCUCACGUGAAAAACCUUUGUGGCUACAGUAUUUUAACAGUAUUUGCUUCUUUAGAAAACCGAAAUGAUCAUUGUCUUUUGUGUUGGUGGACAGUGGGCCGAGCGCUCAAACAUUGUGGCUUUGCUAGACAUAAGAAAAAAGGAACCUUUAUUAGAAUGUGAUUUCUUAAACCUGCAAUGCAUUUUUGACUGCUGAUACAGUUGACUGCCUUGGUUGGCACUUGAAAAUGAGUUGCUUCUUAUCAAAUGAAACUUGAUGAUGAUUUAUAUCUAGUUUUCCUUUUCAGAACUGAAAGGUAAUAUAUUUUAUAGAAAAAAUAUAAUGUGUGUAUGAGCACCCUCACUGUAUGAA